AUGUCUGACCACAGAACAGCUACCAUCGAAAAAGGCUCCCUUGUUCUUGUUACUGGAGCUAAUGGGUUCGUGGCUUCUCACAUCGUCAAGCAGUUGUUGGAACGUGGCCUCAAAGUUCGUGGCUCUGUGAGGGAUAUCAAUCGCACAUCUUGGCUCGUCAAAGGCGCGCUCAAGGAGUAUGCCAGUAAAGGUGACUUCGAACUUGUGACCGUCGAGGACUUUACCGCCGAAGGUGUUUACAACGAUGCGAUAAAGGGCGUAUCUGCAAUUAUCCUUGUUGCGAGUAUUGUUACCUUCGCUUCGGAUCCUGCAACUGUCAUUCCUAUAACAGUUGCUGCGGCCACACGUAUCCUGGAAGCAGCACUAACAGAAUCGUCGGUUAAGGCCUUUAUCUAUACAAGCUCUAUUGUCGCAGCUACGACACCCCAGCCCGGAAACUCUACUCAUGUGGAUCGUAAUACGAGGAAUGACAAGAUUACGGAGCUGGCUUGGGCACGACCUCCUUGGCCUGAAUCCCAUGGCAGCAUUGUAUACGGCGCGAGCAAAGUUGCCGCAGAAAAGGACCGUGUGGGAAUUCUAUGA